UGCAAUAACAUACUGCCGGUUUCUUGAAUGCUUUAUCGUGCACCAGAAAUCAAAACUACAUUGUUUAGUGAUGGUAAGCCAUACUCUGCAGUGCACAUAUAUUGGCUGGACGAUCGCAAGGGGUUCAUAUUUCUGUUACACAGGCUGCUAUGCUGAAUCGCGUAAUCGAAUUUCAGUAAAUGGACUGUGGUAUAUUCUUCAGUGCGGUACCCAGGCAAAUUUUGAAGGUUGGAAGUUCAAGGUACUUCGGAAUAAUGUGUCGAAUAAAAUUUUCUUUGUCAACUGGAAAUAUGACACAUUGUUUAUUAUUUGUGUAAAUACUUGACAGCACAAUCUGUAAGUUUGCAGCUCGUUCGCCCGUUUGUAGCGUCGCAAGUGUGGUUCAAAGGGUAUUUGAUGGUCUCGCCGCUGUGCCGAGAACAACAAAAAUAGUUCUUGCAGCUGCUACAAAUUUAACGACUUAUCAUAGAAAACCAAAGAAAUGACGCCUUUGUCGCUGGGACAGGGCGGUUCAUACUUUUCAAUAAGUGAUACGGCGCUUCACAGACUUCAGCACCUUCACAUGACUGGCUACUGCACAUCGGCCCAGCCGCCUAGAACGCCCAGUAUGCGUAGUUUGUCAAUGAGUCAGCCCAAACCGCGGUUGCCAAGCUCGGUUCACGCUAAUCGCGUGUAGCAGAGAAACUGCAAUCUGCAAUUCCGUCAGUCUUGCAAGUUGCAACUGACGCAAAUUUGAAGAUCUGAACUGAAGUUACCAUUUCCGCAGCUAAGGCAGCCCGUGUAACAGGGGUAUGCUAUAUACACCUCGUUAUAACUGAUUAAAACGUUAAAACGAAUGGAGAAUGAAAAUUGUCACCGACAUAACGCAACGGGAAAUAACAAUUUAUUAAUAUAUUUAGACGUUGCGUCUCCUAUGCGGGAGACAUUAUCAGUGCAAGGCUAGGGACGGGAAUGAGGAACACCAAAACAGAGUACUGAAAUUGUCAGCUGUAAAAUUUAGCCUCGUUCCCAGUGUUGGGUUAUGGGCGUUAUGGGUACACCGUGCCAUGUGACCUGCUGCUCCCAUGUUGUUUGUUUCAUCACUGUGCGUUAUUUUUAUGUUGGGCAAGUCCGUUGUUAGCUUGAUUUUUCAUUUCGACUUGCCAUGAAUGUGUAGUUUCCGAGUACGAAACGAAGAAGAAUAUAAACAAGCGUAAGAUCUAGCCACGCUUACAUUGUUAUGCUACCUCGAAUAUCCAUCCUUCGACGUAAAUUUUUAAUCCUACCAUGUUGCAUUCAACGCUCUUUGGGAUGCUGUAUUGGCGGCUCGAAACUUGCACAGUACGCUACACCGGUCGGUCACAACGGCAAGGUCGAACUUUUGCAGUCGCCUACGGUUAAUGUUUCACGAUGUCCCUUUGCCCCCCUGUACCAGCAGAUAAGUCGAAGUAUUCAUAAAAGCUGGCCAAAGUUGUUAGAUGAGCAAGCAAGCAAAACGAAAAUGACAGCGAAACAGCGGCUCAAGAAUACUGUCAAAGAGUACGGAAGUACGAUUGUGGUAUUCCACAUUAUCCUGUCUGUGUCAUCUUUUGCGGCAUGCUACCUUGUCGUUUCGAGUGGUGUUGAUGUUGCAGCACUUGCCUUGAAGAUGGGCUUAGACCUGGAAGGGCUGUCUGCGAAAAUUCACAUACCUGCUAGCAGUGGAACAUUUGUUCUUACGUAUGCCUUGUACAAAAUAUUUUCGCCUUUGAGGCUCGCUCUGACUCUCACUGUGGCGCCAUUUAUUGUGCGCCAUUUAAGGAGAGUCGGGGCUUUUCAAUUCACGCAGAAGACAAAGUGACUUCGUACGUGUCUUUAGUUUUUUUUAGCUGAAUAUUUCCAGCAUGAGCAGCAAGCUUUCACCUAUUGAUGGGCAGUGCAUUGCCUACCUUCACAAUUCUAGGAGGGAUGAAAUAAAUCGUUUUUAGCAAUUAAACGAAAUGAAUCAGAACGUUUUGGGGUCUCCCAUAACUAAUAUACCUUGUUAAAGGGACUGUUGUUUCAGUAUUGGUGGUUAACUAGGUGAUGCACACUUUAUACUAUGUCUCAAAGUAAUAGAAUUUACUCUGUUGAUCAGUAAACAAGAUAUUCACCCUCAAGGAAGCUGCAGCCAUAAGUGAUGACAUCAGAGGCUGAGAAGUAUCAGUCGUUAUUAUUGGUUCCAGGAUGCAUGGGACAUCUUGCAAGGGAAAUGCGUGACUGGUUUGGCCAGCAUUGCAAAAUGUUUUGUUAGCUUCUUCUUCCCUGUUUUGUGGAUACAAUCACCUAUGUGGCUAUUGCACCUCUUUGUGUCCCUCCCUGUAACACUGCUUGGAUUGCAUGUCUGGGUCAAACUAUUUUGUACAGCUGUUCAGCGGGAGUUGGCUGAUGCAUCAUAUUCAUGCAGGCAUUGCAGGGCACUUUCUCGCUGGUUCAUUCGUCGUAGUGUUUACAUUGCAUAAAAAUAUCAUUCUGAGGACAGAGUUAGGCACUUUCCGGGUCUCUGAAUUGGCUGGACUCUCGCCCCCUCUCUUUGUUAAAAUUGGUUUGUCCGUGGCCAAAUCCAGCCACACAACGCUCUGCCCUCAAAGCUGUUCUGGCCUUUUUGGACACAGUAGCACUUCCGUCCUCACUGUGAGGCAACUCAUUAUUCCAUUUCAUCACAUUACCACCAGCAAUGGAGUAGAGUAUUGCCUCUGGCGAUGAAACUCCCCAGCCAUCAUCACAAAAUAAAUUUGUUGUUGUUCGAUAAACCCAUUAAUGAUGAUCUCAGGGAAAUUAUCAUGGCUUUCUGAUUACUUUGUUUCUCAAUUUACCUCUGUAAAGGGCAAAUCCUGUAGCCUUUUUUCCAGAGUACAUAAUUGCUGGUCCUCCUCAGGACAGCUCUCACUCCUCAUCUUGAUAACCUUCAUGAAAGCACUCCAGGACAGAACAACCCCUAACUAUCCAUUAUGACAUGGGAAAAGUGCAUGGCAUGCUCAUAGUCUUCUAUAUUUUUAUCGUUUGCAAUCCUAAAACCAAUUUUUCAUAUCAACAAGAAGGACACACAGGAACUCUUUGUGUAUGCGAAAAUCUAUUCUAGAAUUCUAUUUUCAUUCCGUCUGUACAUAGAGUAAUGGUAUGCCUGUCUGUUUCUGUGCAUGAAAAGGUGGACAGAAAAGAGGCUAUGUGAAUGUCCAGGUAAAGGGGCAAUUCAUUAAAGGGGAUUUGUUUGA